AUGCCCGUCAGCGUACUACUCCUUGCCCGCCAGUACGAGUUCUUCCUUUUCUCUAAUUCUCAUCUGGUCACCAAAACUUUCCUCAUUGUCGCAUAUGCAUUCCUUAUUUCAAAACUCGUUCUUCCUUAUUUCACGUCUCCCCUCAGGCCUCUUCCCGCACCUCAAACAAGCCACUUCUUUCUCGGACAUUCCCAAGAAAUAGAGGGCCUGCCUCCAGGUCAAGUGUUUAGGAAAUGGAUUGAGCAAGUUCCGAAUCAAGGAGUAAUUCAUUACAAAGGCUACUUGCACCUCGGCAGCGCCAUUCACGUUACCACUCCGGAGGCUAUGAUGGACGUUGUGAGCACCCAUGCGUACCAUUAUGAGAAGCCCGGUAUGGCUCGUAAGCUUUUAUCCAUGAUUCUCGGCAACGGUCUGGUCAAUGUAGAAGGGGACGAGCACAAGAAACAGCGGAAGAACGUUACUCCAGCGUUUUCAGGACGUCACAUCAAAGACCUCGUUCCAAUUUUCUGGGCCAAAGGUCAUCAACUAGGCGAUGUAAUUUCGCGUGAGGCUCGCAAGGACGGCUCAUUGGAAGUAACAGCACCCAUAUCGAGAGCGACGCUUGAUAUCAUCGGGUCUGCAUGCAUCGGCAAAGAUUUUAAUACUCUCGAGAACUCUGACAAUGCACUUGCCAAGCAAUACUCUUCCCUGUUUGAUAUCAAGUCAAUUGAUAUGCUGCUAUACUAUCUGACUAAUGAGAUUCUCCCGUACUGGCUGGCUAAAUGGAUACCCCUCCGAGCAACUGUUACCAUAUCGCAAGCAGCCUCUAGGCUGCGAGAGAUUACGAGUGACCUGCUCACGGAGAAGCAGCAGGGAAUGAACGAUGGAAUAAGACAUCAAAAUGAUAUCAUCGCCAUCUUGACGCGCACAGGGAACUUUACCGACGACACUCUCACGGAUCAACUGCUCACGUUUCUUGCUGCAGGCCACGAAACAACCUCGUCAACUCUCUCGUGGGCCCUUUACAUCCUCGCGACCCACCCAGAUAUCCAAAUCCGCCUACGCAAUGAGCUCCAGCCGUUGCUCCACACCGAUAGCGUCAUGACCGCCGACAUUCUGGAUUCAUCCUCCUACCUCCAAGCAUUCUUAUCCGAGCUUCUCCGUCUAUACCCCGCCGCUCCGCUCACCACACGGGUCACCUUGCGCCCAACCACAAUCGCCAACAUUCCCAUCCCCACCGGCGUGCUCGUCAUCAUCCCCAUCUGGGCGCUCAACCGAGCGAGCUCGACAUGGGGCCCCGAUGCAGACCUUUUCCGACCGGAGAGAUGGAUGGAAGAUUCGGUGAAAGGCGGUGCACCGGCCCUCGCCUUCAACACCUUUCUCCAUGGACCGAGGAGCUGUAUCGGUCAGGGAUUUGCGAGGUAUGAGCUGAAAGCGCUGCUGGCAGCGCUCCUGGCUCGGUUCGAGUUCGAGCUUGCGCAAGGACAAGGGGAGCCGGUUCCGGAUGGCAUGUUUACGGUAAAACCGAGAGGCGGGCUACGGGUGAAGGUUCGCGAAUUGUAG